AUGCUUAUAAUUGUUAAUACUACACUAAAAAUGUUCAAAUAUAAGGUCAGUGAGAAAGGUAAAUAUCAGCUUACACAUUUGACAGUAAGCUGUCCCCUGUAUCAAUUAAAAGAUUUAAAAUCAGAAACUGCAAAAAUUCAUAGCUUAAAAGUAAUGUACUCUGUACUUCCACCUGGAAUAUUGAACAACACUGAGGGAUAUUUUAUCGACAUUAUAAAACUUAUUACCUCUAGUAUGAACUUAAAGCUGAAAUUAUUAAAAUCGGCUUUAAGUGUUGCCUAUGACGGAUUCAACGUUCCUAUGGAGUUUAGAAUCAAUAGAUACGACAUGUACAUUUUACCAACUUCGUAUCAUAAAACGCAGCCUAAUAUGCUGCUAGAGAAGACCUGUUUUAAGUCACACACUGCUGGUUUUGUAGUACCACGCAUUUUUAAACCUAAAAACAGUUGGAAAAUAUUUUACAGAGAAUUUUCGAUUUAUGUCUGGUUGUGCUUUUUUACAGUAAUACUGUCUAUAUAUUUUUUGUUCAAACUCUCUCGAUAUAAAGUAAACUUAACCAUUGCAAUGAUGAGUAUUUUGUUUGAAGGUUCUGCUGUAAUUCCUUUAGUAAGUAAUGGAAGGAAAAUGUUAUUAUUAACAUUUUUACAUUUCUGUACAAUUAUUACCGCUGCCUACAGGACAAGAAUGUUUGACAUUAUGAUUAAAGAUUUUUCUCCCGAACUCUUCCAAGAUCUUACUGACGUUUGGAGAGAAUCACAUUUUAAAGUAGGUGUGCCAUCUGUAAACCUUAUUAAAAUAUUUAACAUCUCUGUUAAUGAAUUUUACAAAGAUCUGGUUACAAAAAAUAGAACUUUUGCGUGCGAUUAUACACAGUAUUUGAAACAAACAGCUGAGGACAAAAAUAUAAUAAGCUAUCUGCUGAAGGAAACUUUUAUGUAUGCCACUCCUGAGUGGUGUUUGGACAAGGAAGGGCGGUCAUUAGUACGUUUCUUUAAUCCGAAGGAAAUACCUCUCUAUCUAGGCUUUAGCUUUCCACAAGGACAUCCCACUUUUACUAGUUUUAAUAAAAAAAUUAUAUCCUUAAUAGAAACCGGAGUUAUACAGUAUAUGAAAACAAAUGUUUAUUCAAAAUAUAAAAAAGCUAUGGCUCUGGCAGAUGUCAAAGAUAUGUUUAGUGUAAAAGUUAGUUUUUCAGCAGAACCUGAAAAUGCGGUCAUAGGAAACUGCUUAAAUACGUUAUUAUUUUCCCCUUGUAAUAAAACUGAGGUGAUUUAUUCGGUGAAUGUAAAUAUCCAACUUCAAGUUCCAAUUGUAAUAUUGAAUACUGAUAAUCAUUUUAAACAAUCUUUACUGACGGAUCCGACUGUAUUUGUAAUUUCAGGAAAUAUUACCACGGCAUUAGAAACACUUUAUAACAAAGGAGUGUUAAACAGCAGAGCUAAAUUUAUUGUUUUAGUCGACAAGAUAACUAGAGAACUGCUCAAUGUUUUAGAUGACUAUUACAUUUACAAUAUACUUAUAAUUGUUAAUACUACAUUAAAAAUGUUCAAAUAUAAGGCCAGUGAUAAAGGUAAAUAUCAGCUUACAUAUUUGAAAGAUAGCUGUCAUCUAUAUAAACUAAAAGAUUUAAACUCACAACCUGCAAAUGUUUAUAGCUUAAAAAUAAUGUAUUCUAUACUUCGACCUGCAAUAAUGAGCAACACUACAGGAUAUUAUGUCGACAUUAUAAGACUUAUUACUUCUAGUCUGAACUUAAAGCCGAAUUUUGUAAAGUCGGAUUUAAGCGCUGCCUUUGACGGUUUCAACGUUCCUUUGAACUUCAGAAUCAAUAAAUAUGACCUCUACAUUUUACCAACUCCGUAUCAUUAUAAAAUGCAGCCUAAUAUGCUUCUAGACAAGACCUGUUUUGGGUCAAACAGUGCUGUUUUUGUAGUACCACGCAUUUUUAAAACUAAAAACAGUUGGAAAAUAUUUUACGAAGAGUUUUCGUUGUAUGUCUGGUUAUGGUUUUUUGCAGUAAUACUGUCUAUAUACUUUUUGUUCAAACUAUCUGGAUAUAAAGCAAACGUAACCAUUUCAAUGAUGAGUAUUUUGUUUGAAGGUUCUGCUUUAAUUCCCUUAGCAAAUAAUGGAAGGAAAAUAUUAUUAUUAACAUUUUUACAUUUCUGUACAAUCAUUACCGCUGCCUACAAAACAAGAAUGUUUGAUAUUAUGAUUAAAAAUUUUUCUCCCGAACUCUUCCAAGAUCUUAAUGACAUUUGGAAAGAAUCACAUUUUAAAGUAGGUGUGCCAUCUGAAAAUAUUAUUACAAUAUUUAAAAACUCUGUUAAUGAAUUUUACAAAGAUCUGGUUACAAAGAAUAGAACUUUUAUAUGCGAUUAUACACGAUGUUUGAAACAAACAGCUAAUGAUAAAAAUAUAGUAAGCUAUCUUCUGAAGGAAACUUUUAUGUAUGCCACACCUGAUUUGUGUUUGGAUACAGAAGGCGGAUCGUUAGUACGUUUUUUUGAUUCAAAAGAAAUACCUCUCUAUCUAGGCUUCAGCUUUCCACAAGGACAUCCCACUUUUAAUAGAUUUAAUAAAAAAAUUAUGUCGUUAACAGAAACCGGAAUUAUACAGUAUAUGAUGACAAACGUUUAUGCGAAAUAUAAAAAAUCUAUGGCUCUGGCAGAUGUCAAAGAUAUGCUUAGAUAUGCACCUUUAAAAGUCCAACAUCUAGAAAGCACUAAUACAACUGAGGUAAUUUAUUCGGUGAAUGUAAAUCUUCAACUUCAAGUUCCAAUUGUUAUAUUAAACACUGAUGAGUAUUUUAAAAAAUCUAUUCUUAACAGUCCAACUGUAUUUCUAAUGUCAGGAAAUAUUACUAAAAUAUUAGGAACCCUUUACAAUUACACGGUGUUGAAUAGCAGAGCUAAAUUUAUAAUUUUAGUGGACAAGAUAGAUAAAGAACUGCUCAUUGUUUUAGAUGAUUAUUACAUUUAUAAAAUACUCAUAAUUGUUAAAACCACAUUGAAGAUGUUCAAAUAUAAAACCAGUGAAAAAGGUAGCUAUCAGCUUACAGAUUUGAAAGUUAGCUGUCAACUGUAUAAACUAAAAGAUUUAAAAUCGGAAUCUGCUAUAAUUUAUAGCUUAAAAACAUAUUAUGCUCGACUUCCACCAGGAAUAAUAAAUAGCACUACAGGAUUUUAUUUCGAUAUUGUAAGACUUAUUACCUCCAAUAUGAACUUAACACUGAAUUUGUUGGAGUCAAAUGAUAUCUCUGAUGGAUUCACGGUUCCGUUAGAAUUUAGACUUAAUAGAUACGACUUCUACAUUUUACCAACUUUGUAUCAUAAAACGCAAGAUAAUAUUCUACUGGAAAAGACUUGUUUUGGUUCAACUAAUGCUGUGUUCGUAGUACCACGGAUUUUUAAAACUACAAACAGUAGGAAAAUAUUUUACAGAGAACUUUCGGUUUCUGUUUGGUUGUGUUUUUUCGUAGUAAUGCUAUGCAUAUAUUUCUUGUUCAAAAUAUCUUCAUAUGAAUCGAAUCUAACCAUUGCAAUGAUUAGUAUUCUUUUUGAAGGUUCUGCUUCAAUUCCGCUACCAACUAAAGGGAGGAAAAUAUUGUUUAUAACUUUUUUACAUUUCUGUACAAUCAUUACCGCUGUUUACAGGACAAGAAUGUUUGAUAUUAUGAUUAAAGAUUUUUCUCCUGAACUCUUCCAAGAUCUUAAUGAUAUUUGGAGGGAAUCACAUUUUAAAGUAGGUAUGCCAGCUAUAAAACUUAUAGAAAUAUUUAACAGUUCCGUUAAUGAAUUUUACAAAGAUUUAGUUACAACGAAUAGAACUUUUCUUUGCCGUUACAUCCAGUGUUUAAAUCAAACAGCGAAUGACAAAGACAUAGUAAGCUAUCUACUGAAGGGAACUGUGAUGUAUGCUACUCCUGAUUUGUGUUUGGACAACGAAGGCAGAUCUUUAAUCCGUGUCUUUGAUCCGAAAGAAAUACCUGUAUAUCUAGCUUUUAGUUUUCCACAAGGACAUCCUACUUUUAUUAGUUUUAAUAAAAAAAUUAGAUGUUUAAUAGAAACGGGAAUUGUAGAUUAUAUACUUAAAAAUGUUUAUGCCCAAUAUACAAAAGCUAUAGCUUUAGCAGAUGUCAAAGAUUUGCUUAGUUUGUUGUUUACCACUGUAUACAGAGGUAAAAUGUUCGAUAUCAUGAAAACUGAGCUAUUAUCCCAAAUGGUAACUACAAAGGAGGAUAUUUUGAAAUACGAACUGAAAAUGGGUUUACCAGGUGAUACGUUUCUGGAUGUAUAUAAAAUGUCCAACGAUCCAGUGGAUAUUGAAAUAAUGAAGAAUGGCCGGUAUUUGAACUGUUUUAACUUUACGGCAUGUUUGGAUAGGGUGGCUUUUAACAGGGACAUAAUAUCGCAACGUCUGGUCAAACCAGUUAAAUCGUUAAUUCCACAGUAUUAUCAGGACAAUAGUGGAAAAUCUCUCCUUUACAUUAUUCAUAGACCUUACGGUACUCCUUACUAUUUUGGCAUGGUCUUUCGGAAAGGAUAUCCCUUAUUCAAAGAGUUUAAUAAAAAGAUAUUGAUUUUAAAAGAAGCUGGAGUCGUCGAAUAUUUAUACAAGAAGCACGAAGAACUUUACAUUAAAGCUACCACUCUAGCUCAGUUAGAAGAUGGUAUAAAAUAUUCGGACUUGAACUUACAGACCUUACAAUCUACUUUUGUGGUAUAUCUGAUAGGGAUGGGCUUUAGUUUACUUGUGUUUUUUAUUGAAAUUGCUUUUAAAGAGGUAACUAUCACCGAGAAAAAAUAA